AUGACUUCUGUGAUAGCCAAGAGAUUGAAGAAUAGAAGAGGAAAAGCUAUUGACACAUCUACCAAUAAGAGUCACUUGUUUGGUCCUGAUACGAGAAAGAGUAAGGUAGAAAUUUCUUUUGGGCAAGAAAAAUCCUUGAAAAGAAAACCAGCAGUAUCUAGUGACUCUGAAUAUGAGGGAGAUGUUAGAGCCAAUGUUGAAGACAUUGCUUCAUCUGCCAGGAAGAUUGCUGCGGGAAGGAAGAUUCCUCUCAACAUACCUGAAGUUCCAAUUGAUAAUAUCUCCUUUCACUCUGCUUCAUAUGUAGAAAAAUGGAAGUUCAUGUGUUAG